AUGUCCUGCCAGCAGAGCCAGCAGCAGUGCCAGCCCCCUCCCAAGUGUGCCCCCAAGUGCCCUCCCAAGUGCCAGACACCAAAGUGUCCCCCCAAGUGUCCCCCCAAGUGUCCUCCCAAGUGUCCCCCUGUGUCUUCCUGCUGUAGCCUGGGUUCUGGGGGCUGCUGUGGCUCCAGCUCUGGGGGAGGCUGUGGCUCCAGUUCUGGGGGCUGCUGCAGCUCUGGGGGUGGUGGCUGCUGCCUGAGCCACCACAGGCCCCGCAGAUCUCUCCGUCGCCAUCGUCACAGCUCUGGAUGCUGCAGCAGUGGCGGCAGCAGUGGAUGCUGUGGCAGCAGUGGCAGCAGCAGUGGAUGCUGUGGCAGCAGUGGAGGCAGCAGCUGUGGCACUUCUGAACACCCACAAGCCAAGAUGUCCUGCCAACAGAGCCAGCAGCAGUGCCAGCCCCCUCCCAAGUGUGCCCCCAAGUGCCCUCCCAAGUGCCAGACACCAAAGUGUCCCCCCAAGUGUCCCCCCAAGUGUCCUCCCAAGUGUCCCCCUGUGUCUUCCUGCUGUAGCCUGGGUUCUGGGGGCUGCUGUGGUUCCAGCUCUGGGGGAGGCUGUGGCUCCAGCUCUGGGGGCUGCUGCAGCUCUGGGGCUUCUGAACACCCACAGGCCAAGAUGUCCUGCCAGCAGAGCCAGCAGCAGUGCCAGCCCCCUCCCAAGUGUGCCCCCAAGUGCCCUCCCAAGUGCCAGACACCAAAGUGUUCUCCCAAGUGUCCUCCCAAGUGCCCCCCUGUGUCUUCCUGCUGUAGCCUGGGUUCUGGGGGCUGCUGUGGUUCCAGUUCUGGGGGAGGCUGUGGCUCCAGCUCUGGGGGCUGCUGCAGCUCUGGGGGUGGUGGCUGCUGCCUGAGCCACCACAGGCCCCGCAGAUCUCUCCGCCACAGACACCAGAGUUCUGGAUACUGUGGCAGUGGUGGCAGCAGUGGAUGCUGUGGCAGCAGUGGCGGCAGCAGUGGAUGCUGUGGCAGCAGUGGUGGCAGCAGCUGUGGCAGUAGCCAACAGUCUGGUGGAUGUUGCUGA